AUGGAUAAGGGACACCGGGGUCUCACUGUGGUAUCAACGUACAGAGCAAUAGUGGAGCAACAGGGUAAAGCACUAACACGUGAUGAAAUAAAACUAGCAAGUGCGUUAGGUUGGUCACUCGAGUUUCUACAUUCGGCUUAUUUAAUAACUGAUGAUAUGAUGGAUCAAUCGAUUACUCGGCGUAAUAAACCAUGCUGGUACAAAGUGGAGCAUGUUGGCUUAAGAUCAUGCAAUGAUGCCAAAGUAUUGGAACAGGAAGUAUAUCAUAUAAUUGAAAUAUUUUUCCACGACAAACCAUGUUAUGGAAAAUUAAAUGACCUUCUGCACGAGGCUGCAAGGUACAUUGUGUUUGGACAAUGUAUGGAUAUGACGUCUAACCCGACCGGCAAACGUCCUAAGUUUCAACUAUUUACAGACCAUAGAUAUGCGUCUAUUGCUAAAUACAAAACAUCGUUGUAUUCGUUUGUAUUGCCGGUUAGAAUCGCAAUGUACAUGUCAUCGUACGAUUCACCCGAUGCUCAUCAAAUGGCUGAAGAAAUGCUCAUAAAAAUCGGACACUUAUAUCAAUUACAAGACGAUUAUUUUGAUUGUUUCAGUGACCCGGAUAUAACCGGAAAGAUUGGACGGGAUAUACAGGAGGGAAAAUCUAGCUGGCCAAUUGUGACAGCAUUUAAAUUAUGUGAUCAGGAUCAACGGGAAACACUUGAGAAACACUAUGGUAUUGAUGAGGGUACAUCGGUUGCUAUUGUUAAAGAUAUUUUUACCAAGCUAAGUAUUAAGGAAUUGUAUUUAAAAGAAGAGACU